CUGUCUGUCAGGAACCACGUACGUAAGUGAUUCGAAGUCUGCGUCGAUGGUCAGUAAGCACAGUGGAGAGUUUUGGAGACUAUCUCAUUUAAGUGGACUGGGGUAUGUGAUAAAAGCUGAGGAAAGCAGAAAAAAAAAUUCCAGAAGCAGCGACGACUGAACGAAGUGUUUUGAAACAGGAUCGAGAUUUUAGACAGGACAGGAGGCGGUAGGUACGUACGUAAGCAGGGAGGAGUAAACGGACCAGGGGAUGACCUCCCAUCGCUUCUGUUGCCCACUCGUGCACACUCGCUUAGGUGGCACUAACGAGUCUUCAUCUACCCUGCCCAGGCCCAGCCGAUCCGUCGUCAACAGACCCUGCCUGUGCAUGCCCUCUACCCAUACAAAAGUCCAACACGCCGACUUGGAAGUCUUGCCGAUAUUCAAGGACAUUUAUGGAGGUUCAUCCACGGCCGCAUCGGCAUCUCUCACCUUGAUGUGUGAUAUUUAUUAAAGAUACAUUUCUGAGAAUGGCAGUUAUUCUUGCGAGCAAAUCGAGAUCUAUGGCAAUCGGACUCGAGCAGUGAAAGUGUUCGCGCGCGAGCAACCAGAGGCCAGCAGGUAUAGUAGUAGUAGUAGUAUAACCCCGACGCCAAACAGUGCAACCAAAUAAGAAAUCGAGCAUCACCUCGUUUCCAUAGUUCCAUAGAGGGGGGGAGGACGAAGUCAGACGAGAAGGUGUAACAACCGCUGCAACGGAAAGAUACCACGGAGAGAUGGAGCGUUAGAAGCUCCGGAGAUCAGACGAAGAACAAUAACAACUAGAACAGUGUUGUGUAGCUGUUCCGCUUCUUCCAGAGGAAACAAGUUUAGCAAAAGGGAUCAAGUUCAGGGUCAAGGCCUGCUGGAAACAGUGCGCCGUUCGCUCGGGUGUGUUUGUAGUGUGAUAGCAGUUUGUUGAUAUCGUUUGGUUUUGACAAAAUAACCAAAGAUGUGGGAAAAACUAGCGGCAGACAUCAAAAUCAAUCUGCUCUCGUCAGAUUUGAUGCCACUGAAGUUUCUCUUCUUCAUGUUAUACGCAGCUAACACGACGUUAUACCCAUACUUGGCCGUGCACUUGCAGUCGCUCGGAUUCGGGGCAGAUGAGGCCGCUGUGGUGUACGCGAUCAUACCCUUGGUCUCCAUCAUGGGGCCGCCCGUGGCGGGCGCCAUUGCCGACAAAAUCGGAAACUUCAAACUGUUCUUCUCGGUGAUGGUGGCCGUGUCCGGGAUGGUGUCCCUACUCCUGCUGGUCAUACCCCCGGUGCCCAUACCCCCUGGGCUCUCCCUCUCCCUCCUCACCGAUCACCACGAGUCGGAACUCGUCGGGAUCAACACCCUGGCAGAACGGCUUCCCCUGGAGGAAAUAGGGCACUCGGUGGACGCCGAAUACCUCCAGUUCAUCAUCAUCACCAACCAGACCGGGUGCGACAUCUGGGAGGAGUACCAGACAACCAUGGACGGCUUCGACAAGAUCAACAUCGGCAGCGCUGAGCCAAAGGCCACGGCGAACCUGACUCUCAUCCUGAAGCACAUGAACUUCUCCCUCAUAGCCCUGACGACUCACCAUCCGCUCUUCUGUCCGCCGGAUGUGCCGCUGAGACCUCUCUCGCAGGGCGCCGAAGCUCUCCUGCCGGAGAUCUUGAAGGAUUAUAACACCUCUUGGCUCAAUCUGACGGCCAACGGCAGCCUGGCUUCUGAGGAUAAGGAAGCCUGGUGGAGGAGUGGAUGCGAAGUCAAGGUACCCGGCUUAUGCGAACCCCAUCAUGCUGACAUUAUUGGAGCAGAGGCCCUUAGUUUCUGGACGUACCUCUUUGCCAGGUCGCUCUUGAACGGAGCUGUCAAUGCCGCCUUCGCACUUUUCGAAGGGGCCACCUUGUCACUUCUAAAGGAACACCAAGGAGAUUACGGCUUGCAGAGGGUAUGGGGUUAUAUGGGAAGCAUGGUGUUCACCCCGUUCUCCGGUUGGCUGAUCGACACGAUGAGCCACGAUCCGAACACCCCUGAUUUCAGGUCCUCUAACUCUCGAACUUCCACCUACAGACCGGCUUUCUACCUCUUCGUCGGUCUGCAAGGUCUCGCAGGUCUAGUUGCCCUCUCUGUCGACCUCAAGUUCAAGACGCCCAACGAGCAGGUCAUGAAGAACAUCUGGAACUUCCUGAAGAACCCGGAGGUCAACAUGCUGUUCGUGGCCAUGUUCUUGUCAGGCGCGUUCUUCGGCUUCCUGGAAGCGUUCUUGUUCUGGUUCCUGGGCGACCUGGGUGCCUCCAGGUCCCUCAUGGGUCUGACGGUGACGGUGGGAGCUGCAGCGGCCAUCCCUUUCCUGAUAUUCAUGUCCCCCAUCAUCAGGAAGUUCGGGCACAUCUGCGUCAUCGCCAUCGGGUUCUUCGUGUACGCCAUCCGGUUCGCAGGCUACGCCUCCAUCUACAAUCCCGCCACGGCCAUGUACUUCGAGUCCUUGGAGGGCAUCACCAUAGGCCUCAUGUUGUCCGCCGGGAUGACCUACGCCAGCGAGCUCUCCACCACCAAAAACGUGGUCUCUCUUCAGGCUAUUUCGACGACCUUACACGUCGGCGUUGGCAAGGGCGCUGGCAGUCUCGUGGGUGGGUACAUGUACCACCAUCUGGGCGCCAGGAAGACGUUCAGGCUGAUGACGGUGGCCAGCCUGCUCAGCGCCAUCAUCUUCUUCAUCUUCCACAUCUACAUCGAGCACCGGAACCGCCUCCGGCUGCUGAACCGCGCCGAGGAAGGGGACGCCCUCAUCGCAGACGAGGAGGAAAUGAUCAAGCUGACCGACCGGAAGAAGAAGGAUCCCAAGAAGAGGAAGAAGUCCAGCAGGAUCUGGAUGAGGAGGAGCGUCAUAGAAAACGGUACCGUCAAGUACAGAUGGAGGGUGACGAUGGUAGACGCCGACACCCAGACCGACCCAGUCGUGAUCCUGGACAGCGUUCCCGUCGCUCUCCCCGAGGACUUGCCUGACGGCGUGGAUGCGGGGGAGAAGUUAGGGCCCGACGAUCCUGAGGGUAUUAAGGUAGAAGGGGUCAGGGCAAGAUGUGUAGAAAAGAAGGAGCCGGACGAGAAGGCAGAGAGCAGUAAAGAGAAAACGGAAGAGAGGUAGAGGUUGAGUAGGGGUUCCCACAGGGCCAUCAUCUAAGUCACUGUCAUACAAAUAAAUAAGCAAAUCUCGUCACAGCACCUUUUAUGAAGGACUCGUGGACCCCCUGUGUCUCCUUCACCUCAGAGGAACUGAUUCCAGAUUUUGUUUCUCACGGUAGUUUAUCAGUGAUUUAUUUAUCAAGAAAACUGAAUAAGGAUGAGGAAUUGAACAUCAAGGGGCGUGAAGCCAUACUGUCGAAAGAUAUGUGUAGCAAAAUGUCACUUUUUUUUUUUUUUUUAAUUUCAGACAAAUGUUAUCAGCAUUAAUACCGAAAAUGUCGAGACAUAAAUGUUGACAUUCUGAUGCCUGUUAUGAGCUUUGUAAUUCAGGUAAAUAAAAAAAACCUGGAUUAGAAAAUUAGAUAAAUUAGAUUAUGUUUUCCUCAGAAAAUUAGAUUUUAUAAGCUGUAUUGUAUUCUUCUUUUAUUAAUUUUACUUACUCUGUCUUUUUUUCAUUUAUUCUUAUUGUGCAAAAAGCGAUGGUCCUAAAAGAGUACUUUAUGCCUUAUGUAAAGUAUAUAUAUAUAUAUAUAUAUAUAUAUAUAUAUAUAAAUAUAUAUAUAUAUAUAUAUAUAUACUUAUUAUAUAUAUAUAUGACUUCUAUAGUUCCCAGAAUCUACCUAUCUCCAGGUGUUUAGAGAUUUAUUAACCCAAGAGAUAGUCGAAGGGAAUGUGAUUAUUUGAUCAAGCAUUCUUUUACUUCACUUCUCUAUAAUAUUUGAAGAAGGUAUAACAGAACUUUCAUUUGUAAUGAAUAAAAAACAGACAAAACACUUUUUGUACAGUACUACGUAUUUUCUAACAGGCAUCGAGUCGUGGUCAGCAUAUAAUUAUUAUUUUAUGAAUAAUGAAAAAUCUGCUAUGGCAUAAUUUAUGGUGUCCAGUAAUGGUAUUAAUCUUUGUAAUCAAUCAUGUAUACUAUCUAAUUUGUUUUCCUUUUUUGCUUAUAAAGGGGUUUAAAAUUCAAUGUACUUACACUGUUUUCUGAAGAGUAUUACGCAUUGCCCAACUGAAGCUUGGAUCUCAAUGACUAAUUUGAUAAGUUUUGGAAAUUAUAUAUGUAAAUGGCUUGAUAAAUAUUUGGAAAAUAUAUUCAAAUGGUUAUUACAAUUUCAUGUGAAUACUGUGAUUGUUGUGUUUACAUACAUACAUUUUACGAAUAUGUUGACUGCCAGUGCACUUGUGCAUUAUUCAUUUUCAUUGUUAAAUUUGUUUAGUGUGAAUUUGUCCGUUAUUUCUUGUUACUGAAGCAUCCUGCCUUUGCAGGAUGCUAAAUUGAGCCUUUCUUAUUAUCCCCGACUACAGAUGUUUUAACAUCCUAAAUGUUCCUCGGAAUGGAUCCAUUUUGAUUCCCUGUAGAAUUGUACAUAGCAUAGAUAUUAAUAUAUAAUUGUCGUUGCAUGUUUUGUAAACCUGGGAGGGGAAACCGUUGUAUAUGAACUGCAAUUACUCCCGACCUUCACUGCUUCCUGAUUUAUUAAUAUUAAAAACUGAUUUCUAA